UUGCUUAGGUCAUAUCUCUCCAACUAUGAAGUCAUUUAUAUUUUCUGCUGUCGUGUGCAUUGUCGUGGCAGACAGUCGUUACGGAUCCAAUGGAAAUGGGAACGGCUUCGGAGCUCCUCGUCCUCCCAGCAAUGGGUAUGCGCCCCCAAGUAACACCUAUGGCACGCCCUAUGGAGUAGACCCUGAGAUUGCCGCUUUGGCCGAGAAUAUUCCAGGGGGCGGCGUCCCCGGUGAGGACUACCCCAUCUUGGCUUCUGUGCCCGAUACCGGCUUUUCCUGCGAUGCCCAGGCGGUGCAAGGUUAUUACGCCGACACUCAAGCCGGUUGCCAGGUGUUCCAUAUCUGCCAGGACCGUGCCCUCAGGCGCCAACAGGACUCCUUCCUGUGCCCCAACGGUACCAUCUUCAACCAGCAGUACCUGGUAUGUGAAUGGUGGUUCAACGUGGACUGUUCUCAAGCUGAGAGCUUCUACUCCGUCAACGAACUCAUCGGUGUCGUUCCCAACGCCGGUUAUGCUUAUGCUGCUGCCACCAACGGCAUCUCCCUUAAUGGCAAUGGAUCCGGCUCAAAUGGCAAGGGCAGGAAUGGAAACGGUAACGGAAGGAACGGCAACGGGAGCAACAACGGUAACCAACAUGGUGCUCCAGCAGCUCCUUCCAACGCUUACACUGGUCCCUUCUAAAUGCACUGUUUAUUCUACGAGAUCUCACAAUUCUGAAAUUGUAAAUAUGCUUACUUUCUCUUUUCCUCAAAUCUAGUGUCUUUAGGCUCUCAAAUUCCAUUAUUUUUCAAGGUAUUUGCCUCUCUAAUGCUAUAUUCCUGUAACUAUUUAUAUGAUUAUAAACGUAAACAAUAUAUUUAUGAAUAUACAUAUAUUUUAAAAUAAAGAAUGUAUGUGUUUUCUCGGUUUUUUAUUUCUAAUAUUGAAACCCUUAUUAUAUCUAUAUACAAAAAAAUAUUAUAUUUAUUGUUUAUACUUAUAUGGAAUUCAUGAAAUAAACCAGAUAGUAAAUGUG